GUCAUCUAGGGCAUUUGGCAUUUAGCGUAGAGGCAGCGAGAGGAGACGACGAUAUGGCGCUGUAUGUGUGGGGAAAGAACUGCGCGUUGGACCUAGCGGCCACGGAGCGUGAGAAGACCGUCGUGUACCCGACACUGAUGGAGCAUUUUGGCAGUGACGUCGUGACAGACUACGCCGCAGGCGACAACCACGCGUUGGCCGUGACGGAGUUCGGUGAUGUCUAUUCCUGGGGUCGCGGAAAGGACGGCGAGCUCGGCCAUGGCGAGCCGCGAGAAGACCUCCCGAUCCCUGUCAAGGUCAAGGGGUUGCAAGAGCAUAUCGUUGUCAAUGUCGCAUGUGGCAACAUCCACUCGAUGGCCACGACGAUCACAGGUCACGUGUACAUGUGGGGUCUGUUACACGACGAAGUGCUUGCAAACAACCAUGGCACGCCCGACGAUGUUUCGUCUUCCGGCAUGCUGGUCGGGAUGGCCGAAGUCCGCGCCUCCACCCAGAACGACCCGAUCUUGGCGCGUGUCGUGCGGGACGCCGAGGCCGCAUAUAGGGAAGGCACGAACGAAGUGAGCGACUUUGAGCAAGGCGUGGAUAAGAUGACUGUGCAUCGCCAUCGGCAGUCCGUCCCGCGACUAGCAACAUCUCUAACUGGCCAUUUCAUCACCAAAGUCGCAGCCGGCGCCGGACACAACCUGGCGCUGAGUGCCAACGGCGACGUGUUUAGCUGCGGGUACAACGAGCACGGCCAGCUCGGGCUCGGCCAUGCCAACACCAUGCCAAACUUCCAACAGAUCCUCGGGCUGCAAGGUUUGUUUGUGCAUCACAUCGUGUGUGGCCACCAGCACAACCUGGCGCAAGUUGAGCUGGACGGCGUCUCGCGCUGCUUUACAUGGGGCCUGGGAGCCCUCGGACAGCUCGGCCACGGCACUCGCCGGUCGUUUGCGUCGCCGAAACUAGUGGAAGGCAUCGCUGGCGCGAUUGUCAGCGUUGGAGCGGGAAGCCAUCAUAGUGUCGCUGUGGACGAAGAUGGAGCAGUGUUUACGUGGGGCCACAGCGAAUACGGCCAGCACGGUGUGGCCACGGCCGGCCACGACUUGUACGACGCCCGCGAGUACUUUGUCCCUAGACGACAAAUGACAUUGGCCAACACCGUUCCUAUUGCGUCCGUGUGUUGUGGCUCGCAUUUCACCCUGGCCACGGGCCGCGAUGGCAAAUUGUACUCUUGGGGGUGGAACACCUUUGGGGUACUGGGGCUCGGUCACUUUAUGACCACGACGACCCCGCAAAGUUUGGACAAGUUGAACGGAUACAUGGUCACCCGUGCAGUGGCUGGAUGCAACCAAUCGGGUGCGAUCGUCGACUGCAUAGGCGCGCCCCAUGCGAUGCGUUUUCGUCAUUUGGUCGCACCAGACGCUGGUCAUAAUGACCACGUCGAUGUAUUGGAAAAACGGUUUGACCUGGCAUUGACUCUGGCUACCAAUACCAAGGUGACAUUUCCGACGCACUGGCUCUUCCUGAAAGCAAGAUGUCCGUACUUGUUUGGGUAUUGCCGAGCUUCGGCGGCCGGUUCUGCUCAUGCCCACGACCUGCCGCUGGUGACGCUGGAGUUCCCAGACUUGCCCAUGCUUGACAGUCCCAUAUUAAAAGCGAUUUUGGUGUACUUGUACACCGAUCGGUUGGAGCUGGCACUGCACAAGUUGACCGCGCUCAAGUCGGUCGCUCAAGCGUUUGAUCUGGUAAAAGUGUCAAAAGCGUGUGUCAAACUGACAUUAUUUUUUCAUGGCAAAAUGAUAUUUUAUUCUAAAUAGUGACAUUUUGACUACGAUAGUCCAUUUCUAUUAUUACUUGGAUGGUUUUAAUUUCUAUUUCAAAGUAUUCACAUUGUUAAUAUACACUUAUUUCCGCCGUGUUUUGAUGUUGAAGUGUACUACUACUAGCCAUUCUUGGCGGCGCAAUGCGAUAUGCGCACGGGACGCCACUGCGGCCGCCUGGUCACGUCCACUUUUGCCCAAGACAUGGCGUCCGUGGCGCUGACGGCGGAGUUUGCAGACACGUGGUUCGACUGGCCUGUCGACGACGACGGACUCGUGGUCAAGAUCCCUGCGCACCGCGUGGUGCUGUGCGAGGCACCCUACUUUGCGUCCAUGUUGUCGGGGCGGUUCCGAGAAGCGUCUCGGGAUGAUGCCUCGUUGAGUAUGGCUGGGAUGGCGGCGGACGGUAUGGACGUCUACGUGUUCCAGGCGGCGCUACAGUGGAUGUACACGGGGUCCCGCGUUGAAUUGGACGCCAUGGCGUUCGAUCAAGUCGUGGAACUGCUGGUGAUGGCCAACAUGCUCGGGUUGGACGGACUCGUAAGCGUGUGCACGUCCAUCCUUUCCAAGCUCGUUGCGACCUCCAAGUCCUCCGACGUCUCAAGCGUGUGCUUUGAGGUGGCCGAGAGCCUCAACAUGCAGCGCUUGAAGACACAGUGCGAAGUCAUGCUCCGCGCAGUAAACACUACAGCCUAGAGUGUCCAGUUGAUGUCAGCUUUGGAUGGAAAUCAAAAUAAGGAAAAAAAGGCCAAUUCUUCUUCGCA